UGGAUCCUGCGGAAGCGCAACGCCUGCUGGCGAUGCCGGUCGUGUUAGUAUGUCUGUUCGUGCAUCUUGAGAGCGGUAGAUCGUGGAAUACGUACUUAGGCACUCCAUCGGGGAGAAUAAAGAGCUCGAAACGGUCUGGUGCGUUCAUCGUGUAUGACUGUGUGUUAUGUGCUGUCUGAAGCCCUCUUUGCUCUCUUUGCCCCCUCCCUCUUGCCCCUUUCUAGCUCCGUCUUCGCCUCCUCCUCUUCACCAUGGUGUUCGUUCAUGUUGCCAGCACGGGCGGAAGCCCUGCGUUCCAGCCCCGGUCCGCCGAUCGGCCGCUGGCCGUCUGCCAUUUUGUGGAAACGUGUCACUAAUCGCGGCAAAAAGCGCCAAAAAUGCGAAAAUCAACCAAAAAGAACCCCGGGCAGAAAGCGCUGACGUAAGCA